UGGGGGAGCAUCUAUUUAUCUUCCGAGGAAUGCCUGAAAUCUUCGAGGCGAUGGGGACUGUUCUCCGGAUUAUUCUCUGCAUGGAUCAGACUACGUGUUAUUUCACUCUAUCGGUAUGAUUAACGUAAAGUUGGAUUACGGGAGUAUGGAGAGGAGGAAGAGCCUGUUUCCCUGGCUGGUACUCUUCACGGUGCAGUUCAGCCGGAGUUCACAGCAAGUACUCAGAAUAGGUGGUAUCUUUGAGACUCGUGAGAGUGAGUUGGUGAGUGUAGAGGAGUUGGCGUUUAAGUUUGCAGUGAGCAACAUCAACAGGAACCGGACCUUAAUGCCCAACACCACUCUGACCUACGACAUCCAGAGAAUCAACCUCUUUGACAGCUUCGAGGCCUCCAGGAGAGUGUGUGACCAGUUGGCUCUGGGUGUAUCUGCAGUGUUUGGCCCGUCCCACAGCUCCUCAGUCAGUGCUGUCCAGUCCAUCUGUAACGCCCUGGAGGUACCUCACAUCCAGACGCGCUGGAAACACCCGUCAGUGGACAACAGAGACACAUUUUACAUCAACCUCUACCCAGAAUACACUGCAAUCUCCAGAGCCAUACUGGACAUAGUGACUUUCUUCAAGUGGAAGAGCCUAACAGUGGUCUACGAGGAUAGCACAGGUCUGAUGCGGAUGCAGGAGUUGAUCAAGGCUCCGUCUAAGUUGAACCUGAAGAUCAGGAUACGCCAGCUUCCACCUGGAGAGAUUGAUGCCAGACCUCUUCUGAAGGAGAUGAAGAAAGACAAAGAGUUCUAUAUCUUGUUUGACUGCUCCUACCGGACCUCCGCAGAGAUACUCAAACAGCUCUCGUCGAUGGGAAUGAUGACAGAAUACCAUCACUUCUUCUUCACUACAUUGGAUCUGUUUGCGUUAGACCUGGAGCCGUACCGCUACAGUGGGGUGAAUAUGACAGGUUUCAGGCUGUUGAAUAUAGACGACCCGUAUGUGGCUUCCACCAUGGAGAGGUGGUCUCUGGAAAGGCUUCAGGCUCCACCUAAACAGGAGAGUGGAUUAAUGGAGGGAGUUAUGACGACGGAGGCGGCGUUGAUGUAUGACGCGGUGUUCAUGGUUGCCGUGGCGUCACAGCGAGCCACUCAGAUGACGGUCAGCUCCCUGCAGUGUCACCGACACAAACCCUGGCGUUUCGGACCUCGCUUCAUGAACCUCUUCAAAGAGGCCCAGUGGGAUGGUCUGACAGGUCAUAUAGUCCUCAAUAAGACAGAUGGGCUGAGGAGAGACUUCGACUUGGACAUCAUCAGUCUGAAGGAAGAUGGCACGGCCAGGGGCUUUGUUGAAGGAUCCAGUCGUCUCACUAAAAGGUGGAGCAAGAUUGCGGUGUGGAACUCCUACACGGGUUUGAACCUUACAGAGACCAGCAGGGAUAAAACCAACAAUGUGACGGACUCUAUGGCCAACAGGACACUGAUCGUUACUACUAUAUUGGAAAACCCUUAUGUGAUGUUUAAGAAGUCAGACAGGGAGCUGUCCGGUAACGACCGGUUCGAGGGCUACUGCCUGGACCUGCUGAAGGAGCUGUCCAACAUCCUGGGGUUCACCUACGAGGUCAAACUGGUGUCUGAUGGGAAGUAUGGUGCACAAAACGAUAAGGGGGAAUGGAACGGCAUGGUCCGAGAGCUCAUCGACCACAUAGCUGAUCUGGCAGUAGCCCCUCUGACCAUCACAUAUGUGAGGGAGAAGGUGAUAGACUUCUCUAAGCCCUUCAUGACUCUGGGCAUCAGUAUCCUGUACAGGAAACCCAACGGCACCAACCCCGGGGUGUUCUCCUUCCUCAACCCCCUGUCGCCUGACAUCUGGAUGUACGUACUACUGGCCUGCACCGGAGUGAGCUGCGUCCUGUUUGUCAUCGCCAGGUUUACUCCCUACGAGUGGUACAACCCUCACCCCUGCAACCCCUCAUCAGAGUUGCUAGAGAAUAAUUUCACCUUACUCAAUAGUUUCUGGUUCGGAGUGGGAGCUCUCAUGCAGCAAGGGUCAGAGUUGAUGCCUAAGGCCUACUCCACCCGUAUAGUAGGAGGUAUCUGGUGGUUCUUCACCCUGAUCAUCAUCUCCUCCUACACGGCCAACCUGGCUGCCUUCCUCACCGUGGAGAGGAUGGACGCCCCCAUCGACUCGGCUGACGACCUGGCUAAACAGACCCGUAUAGAAUACGGAUCAGUCAGGGACGGGUCCACCAUGACCUUCUUCAAGAAAUCUAAGAUCUCCACCUAUGAGAAGAUGUGGGCGUUUAUGAGCAGCAGGAAGAACACAGCUCUGGUGAAGAACAACAGAGAGGGGAUCACCAGGGUGCUGACCACAGACUACGCUAUGUUGAUGGAGUCCACCAGCAUAGAGUACAUCAGUCAGAGGAACUGUAACCUCACGCAGAUAGGAGGACUCAUAGACUCCAAGGGCUACGGAGUGGGAACACCAAUAGGCUCCCCUUACAGAGACAAGGUGACCAUCGCCAUCCUGCAGCUCCAGGAAGAAGGGAAGCUUCACAUGAUGAAGGAGAAGUGGUGGAGAGGGAACGGUUGUCCUGAGGAGGACAACAAAGAAGCCAGCGCGUUGGGCGUGGAGAACAUCGGUGGCAUCUUUAUCGUCCUGGCGGCUGGACUCGUCCUGUCUGUCUUCGUAGCCAUCGGAGAGUUCAUCUACAAGGCCAGGAAGAACUCUGACAUAGAGGAGGCCUUUUGUUUCUUCUACGGGGUUCAGUCCCGCCAGUUCCAGCGCCGUGACAGCGCCUCCUCCUCCUCUGCCACCUCUCUGUCCACUGACCUGGAGAGUGGUCGGCUGCUGGGGGACGAUGAUGACAUAGAGUAGCCUCCCCAACCCCCCCAGCCCUGCCCAGGCUAUAGCCUCCGCCACACACACGCUAGAAGUUUAGUGUGUCUCUUUUAGCUCUGUCAUGGAGGAGCUGGGUAUCUCCCUGCGCUGUCACAAAACCAUCAGGCGAAGGUCACGACCCCGGGGACGGUCUGGAUUGGCCAGCGUCCUUUGUCACCCCAAA